CUCCCCUUCCUCCUCCUCCUCCUCCUCCUCCUCCUCGGGGCCGAGCGGAGCCCUCCGCCCGGCGCACGCAGAGCGGAGCCCGGACCAGCGGGGGCGCCACAGCCUCCCCGCAGCCGGGGCUGCGCGCUGCCCCUCGCCGCUCCGCGCUGCCAUGCCGCGCCGCCCGGGCAUGCCGCCCCUCGCCCGCUGCCUGCUGCUGCUGGCCGCGCUGCUCUGCGGAGGAGCCGGGGCCGCUCGAGUUAACAAACAUAAGCCAUGGAUUGAAGCAACGUAUCAUGGGAUAGUUACAGAAAACGACAACACAGUGCUCUUGGACCCCCCUUUAAUAGCCCUGGACAAAGAUGCACCUCUGCGUUUUGCAGGUGAGAUUUGUGGAUUUAAAAUUCAUGGGCAAAAUGUCCCCUUUGAAGCAGUGGUAGUGGAUAAAUCCACUGGUGAGGGAAUAAUACGCUCCAAAGAAAAACUGGACUGUGAGCUACAGAAGGACUACACGUUCACCAUCCAGGCCUAUGACUGUGGGAAGGGACCAGAUGGAGCAAAUGCAAAAAAAUCCCACAAAGCAACAGUACACAUUCAGGUGAACGAUGUUAAUGAGUAUUCUCCCGUGUUCAAAGAGAAGUCGUACAAGGCAUCAGUUAUUGAAGGGAAGAGGUAUGAUAACAUCCUGAGAGUGGAGGCAGUGGAUGCAGAUUGUUCACCUCAGUUCAGCCAGAUUUGCAACUAUGAAAUUGUAACUCCGGAUGUUCCCUUUUCUAUUGACAAAGACGGUUAUAUAAAAAACACAGAAAAGUUAAGCUAUGGCAAAGAGCAUCAGUAUAAAUUGACAGUAACUGCAUAUGACUGUGGGAAGAAGAGAGCUGCUGAGGAUGUACUGGUUAAAAUUAGCAUUAAGCCUACAUGCAAGCCUGGCUGGCAAGGUUGGAGCAAAAGAAUAGAAUAUGAACCUGGUACUGGUUCUUUGGCACUCUUCCCAAGCAUGCGUUUGGAGACGUGUGAUGAGCCAAUAACCUCAAUUCAGGCAACAGUUGAACUAGAAACGAAUCAUAUUGGAAAAGGCUGUGAUAGAGACACCUACUCUGAGAAAUCCAUUCACAGGCUCUGUGGUGCUGCUUCUGGCACAGCUGAACUACUUCCCUCUCCAAGUAGUGCUGCAAACUGGACGAUAGGACUUCCUACUGAUAAUGGUCAUGACAGCGACCAAGUCUUUGAGUUUAAUGGCACGCAGGCUGUGAAGAUUCCAGAUGGUGUUGUCACAGUCAAUCUAAAAGAACCCUUCAUGAUCUCAGUAUGGAUGAGACAUGGGCCUGGAACCAAAGAGAAAGAGACAAUUCUUUGCAAUUCAGACAAGACAGAUAUGAAUCGGCACCACUACACGCUGUACGUGCACAACUGCCGGCUGGUUUUCCUCUUCCGGCAAGAUCCUUCAGAGGGAAAGACAUACAAGCCUGCAGAAUUUCACUGGAAGCUGAACCAAGUUUGUGACAAAGAAUGGCAUCAUUAUGUCCUCAAUGUUGAAUUUCCUGCAGUAACGCUUUAUGUAGAUGGUGUUUCAUAUGAUCCUUUCCCAGUGACUGAAGAUUAUCCACUUCAUCCUUCAAAAAUAGAAACUCAGCUAGUAGUUGGGGCAUGUUGGCAAGGUGGUGAACUCCGCAUGGCUCAGUUCUUCCGAGGCAACCUGGCAGGUUUGAUGAUUCGUUCUGGUAAACUGGAAAACAAGAAAGUGAUAGAUUGCCUGUAUACCUGCAAGGAGGGACUGGAUUUGCAAAUUGCUGAUGGUGUUGGCAAAGGCGUGAAGAUCCACAUGAACCCCAGUCAGUCAGCACUGACCAUAGAAGGGGAUGAUAUUGACAGAGUUGAUAAGGCCAUGCAGCACAUUUCCUAUCUGAAUUCUCGCCAGUUCCCAACACCUGGAAUCCGGAGGCUUAAAAUCACCACUGCUGUCAAGUGUUUCAAUGAAGAAGCCUGUGUCUCCAUCCCUUCUGUGGAGGGAUAUGUAAUGGUCUUGCAACCAGAGGAACCAAAAAUCAGCCUUAGUGGCAUAAAUCAUUUUGCCCGGUCUGCUUCAGAGUUUGAGAGUUCUGAGGGUGUUUCCCUCUUUCCUGAGCUUCGCAUAAUAAGCACCAUUACACGGGAGGUGGAGCCAGAGGGGGAUGGGGAUGAAGAUCCUACAGUGCAAGAGUCUUUGGUUUCUGAAGAAAUCAUGCAUAACCUGGAUACGUGUGAGGUGACAGUGGUGGGAGAAGAACUAAAUCAGGAUCAAGAAAGCCUGGAGGUUGACAUGACACGAUUACAGCAGAAGGGCAUUGAGAUGAGUAGUUCCAACCUUGGCAUGAUCAUCACAGGAGUGGAUACUAUGGCUAGCUAUGAAGAAGUUCUGCAUUUGAUACGCUACAGAAACUGGCACACCGUUUCUCUUUUUGACAGAAAGUUCAAAUUGGUUUGUUCUGAGCUGAAUGGGCGCUACGUCAGCAAUGAGUUUAAAGUAGAGGUGAAUGUUAUCCACACAGCUAACCCCAUUGAACAUGCUAAUCACAUAGCUGCACAACCACAGUUUGUACAUCCGGUGCAUCACACAUUUGUUGAUCUUUCUGGUCACAACCUAGCUAACCCUCAUCCAUUUUCAGUUGUUCCAAGUACAGCCACUGUUGUGAUCGUAGUUUGUGUGAGUUUCCUGGUUUUUAUGAUUAUUCUGGGAGUGUUCAGAAUCCGAGCUGCACAUCAGCGAACAAUGCGUGACCAGGAUACUGGAAAGGAAAAUGAGAUGGACUGGGAUGACUCUGCAUUGACCAUCACUGUGAAUCCUAUGGAAACUUAUGAGGAUCAGCACAGCAGUGAAGAAGAGGAGGAGGAAGAGGAAGAAGAAAGCGAAGAUGGAGAAGAGGAUGACAUCACUAGUGCAGAGUCUGAAAGCAGUGAGGAGGAGGAAGGCGAGCAGGAGGAGGACCAACAGAAUGUUAAUAGACAGCAACAGCUGGAAUGGGAUGACUCUACCCUCAGUUAUUGAUUCUAGCUGUUCCCUUUGUCUUUGUUUCUGCUCUAGAAGACUCCACUGUAAUACACUCCAUUGUUCCCAAGGAUUCAUGGUGUUUUAAAAAAAAAAUCAUUCUGGCCAGUAGAUCCAACCAACACACAUCCCAGUGUUUGUGUACUGUCAGCUAGUUCCUGAUGCUGUUUCUAGAGUUGUAGUUAGCACCUCUUUUCCCUCAGCCAUGCCUCAGUGACUGGAUUUUUUUACACUAUGUGAGGAACCACCUUGCACUUUUUCUUCAUGUCAUCUCAGCUAAGUGACUGCAGAUCUGUAGCCAUUGCACAUGAAUUUCUGAACUUUUUUUGCUCUGUGAAACAAUUCCAGCUUUGUUCCUUUUUGUCUUUCUGAAAGAUGCAAAGGUUGCUUGUUGACAAAGGGUAAAGCUGCUCAUUUCAGCCUGUUGAUUUCUUUUAAUUUUUUUCCCAAGUUAGUGCAUGUGUAAAGUGGCAGAAUGAGGUUAAUAUGUAGAAGAUUAACAGACUUUUUAAUAUUUUGUAAAUAUAUUGGAAUUAUGUAAUUAUGUCAUUUGUGGUAGUGAAAACAGGGAUUGGGGUUUAAAACAUGCUAAAGUAAAAAAAAAUCAUGAAGCAUGAAAUAAUACAAGUCUCAUACUACUGCAGCAGGAGCACGGGCACGGUUAUCUAGUGUAGAUGUGUCAGUAAUGCAGUGUCCUUGGCCUUGACUGCCGUGUUCACUCAUGCCCCGCUCUGGUUUUUCUUCUUUUUGUCUCCAAUUUCCUUUAUUUUUGCAGAGGGAACAGACAAGCUUGUGAGAAACUGUAAAGGCUUUUAGGAACUUCUGCAGAGGUUCAACUGCCCUGCCUAACAGUUCGUUGGUUUGUUUUAUAGUUUGUCCUUUUUUUUAAUUUUCCAGUCAAGUUUUAGCAUAAGCACUGUUUAAGUUAUUGGGAGAAGAACACUACGUGGUUGGUGGGCAAAUCAGGCUGUGCUGUGCUGUCACAGCACCUGCUAGCAGCGAGGCUGCCUGUAGUACAGUGAUGGUCUGUUGGUGUUGCUGGCAGGAUGGACUGUUGGUUUAGCUGACUGAUUGUCCCAUUGGGAACUGAAGCCAGAAAGCCUGAGACCUGUGUACCUGCGCACCUUGGCUACCAGUCUACAGAGAUAGGUAUUGAGUUUUUUGGACUGUUCAGUUUUUCUAAUUUGGGAAUGGGAGGGUUUGGGGCAUAGCUGAUACCAUUUCUCUUAACGCACUCCUGCUCAUUCCCUGUAGCUCCUUGUACAGUAACUUGGACUGUUGGUGUAUUUAAGCCUUUGUUUACACUUAGUAAUUGUGUUUUCCUGCUGGUGAAACUAUAGAAUAAAUUAUCCAACCAGAAAACCUUGGGAAUCACAUUAAUACUAUUCCAAGUCAUGGCUGAUUUUGGUUGCUUCUGAUCAAAGUUCGAACUUGGAAUUGCAAAGGACUUUUUUAAAAAGAAACGACUGAAAGGUACGAAAAGUAAGUUAUGACCCCAUGGUGGAGAGUGCUAGUUUAUUUGUAAGGCAGGACUUGUCCGUUUAACUUUGUCCUAUGCAGAGCCUGGAAUAAUGAAUACCUGCUUACUUGAUUUGGGUUUUUUUUUUCAUGUUUGGAGGUGGAUUAAAGAGUAACUUGUUUUGCUUGUAACAGGAAACUAGGACUCCAUUCACUCCUCAGCACGGUAAGCAAAGUUCCAUUUUUUUUUUUGUAUGUAAUCUGCCUGUGUUGUAGAUGCACAGAGCCCAUGUCGUAGCAGGCUCGUUAGUGGCAAACAGCACCCAGCAGGGAAACGUUGCACUGGAUGAGGCUGCUAGAGGAGCAGCGAGCAAGCAAAUGGUGGGAAAGGAGAGGGAGAAAAAGGGUCAUAAUUCAAAAAGAUAAAGAUUGGUCCAAAUGUUUAUAGUUCUGAUUUUCAGAGCAGACCACUUCUCACCUAGCGCGCAUCUUGCCUCCUGAUGUAUGUCAUGGGAUCUAAUGGUGGGUUUUACCUGGGGGUAACAGAUCUGACUCUGUGGAGUGCCUUUUACAAUAAUAGAUGGACCUGGAAGCAGGAGGGAGAACCCACCCGACGAGCUUACUGUUUUUUGUGUUGUUUUUUUUUUUUUUAAUGUAAAAUUUUAGAUUUCUAAAAUGGGGAAAUGGUUUUGACUACUUAUGUGGUAAUAUAACUGCUAGUUUUAAGUUAACGGGGAAACUUUUAACUUAUGUCUGACAGUUGUCCUGUGUUAAUGUGUAGAAGACUUAUCCUUCCAUAUACUGUCACUGUAGCUGCUGUAUUUUAGACUAAAGCUGAUCUUGAGGUAAUGGUAAUACUGAGAGGUUGUAAACGUCCUGAUGCAGUUUGUAGCCACUGUGGGUAUAACUCUGCAGAUGCGUCUAUUGGUAACAGGUCAGUUUGGAAAGUCUGUAAGCUACAAUAAAUUUCUGGUUCUAAA